AUGCCAAAAAUCCACUACAUCAAUCCUCCCCACGCCAAAAAUCCAUUACAUCCUCCCCACACCAAAAAUCCACUACAUCAAUCCUCACCACGCCAAAAAUCCAUUACAUCCUCCCCACACCAAAAAUCCAUUACAUCAAUCAUCUUACCUGACGCUGAAACUACGCCUGAUACUAUCCCUCGCUCUCAGGUUCAUCGCAGAGACUUCAGUGUCUUGCAACUCCCAUGUGGAGAUGCAGGAUGCAAGCGGUUUUUCAAGACAGGUGCAGGGCGCACAAAACAUAUCUUGUCAGCCCAUCCUGUGAUAUCUUCCCCGCCACCAGAGCAGGACAUGGACAUCGAUGUCCCAGAUGUCCUGUUGCAACAACUUGAAGAUCGGUAUAAUGGUCAGGAUUUCCCCUUCUCACCUGAUAACGAGGAACACGACCUUGGGUACAAUCAUGAUCACUGUGCUGAUGUGCUGAGGUCUUCCCCCCGCUGGAUGUUGAUACUGAGUUUUUCGGGCCCGGGAACCAUCUUUUUCGCAACUAUCACACCCAACUCAAUGCUGCUGACAUGGCUUACAGGACGUCCAUGUGACAUUCAUGGUUGUUUUUUUGACGAUGAUGCAUUGCCACCAACUCAUGAACCUCAAUCUCUGAAUGACUGGACGCCAUUCUGUAACCGCACUGAAUUCAAAACUGCCGAUUUUUUCUACACUCAGAACCCAAUGCCUGCCCGGAAAAUUGAUGCACACCUUGCCCUAUGGGCAUCUACCUUGCUCAAACAUAGUGAUGCACCACCAUUUGCAGACCAUCAAGAUCUCUAUGUGAUGAUUGAUGCAAUACCAUUGGGAGAGGUCAAGUGGGAGUGCUUCUCAUGCUCGUAUACAGGUGAGAAGCCUGAAGGUAGUUAUCCGCCCUGGAUGGACAGCGCCUUUGAUGUAUGGUACCGAGAUCCACAUCAAGUAUACUUGACCUUAGGCGAGGAGCACCAUUAUAGAGACUUCAUGUCUGCUGACUGGGCAUGGGAUCAAGCAGACAUCAUUUCUAAGGAUCCAGAUUCAAUUGGCGCCACCUUUGUUCCUGUCAUUCUUGGAAGUGACAAAACAACUGUCUCUGUAGGAACCGGGAACAAUGAGUAUUACCCACUCUAUCUGUCCAUUGGGAAUGUCCACAACAAUGUCCAGUGUGCACACCGGAAUGCAGUCGCAGUCAUUGGCUUUCUUGCGAUGCCAAAGACUACAAAGGAACAUGCAAGUGACCCACACUUCCGAAAAUUCCGCCACCAGUUGUUUCAUGCUUCGCUUUCCAAGAUUCUCGAAAGACUUAGGCCCAGAAUGAUGAAACCUGAGGUCGCAGAAUUUGGUGAUGGGCAUUUCCAUCGCGUCAUCUAUGGCCUUGGACCUUACAUUGCCGACUAUGAAGAAGAAGUUCUGCUGGCAUGUAUUGUGCGCCGCUGGUGUCCACGAUAUAUGUCACCAAAUUAUGAUCUUGAUGCAGCUGGCACACUUCCUCAAUGUCAAGAGUAUACAGAAGAACUUGUUAGUGUGGGGACAUAUUUGGAACUAUGGGACGAGUUUGGAGUUGUAGCAGAUCUUGUCCCGUUCACUAAUGAUUUUCCUCGCGCUGAUAUUUGCCAGCUGAUAGCACCCGACAUCUUACAUCAGCUCAUUAAAGGCACGUUCAAGGACCAUCUCGUGGACUGGGUCCAUAAGUAUCUCCUACAAACACAUGGAGCACGCAACGCGCAACACAUCUUGGAUGACAUUGAUCAUAGAAUCACUAGUGUCGCCCCUUUCGCAGGCCUGAGGCAUUUCCCGCAAGGGCAUGGCUUCAAACAAUGGACCGGAGAUGAUUCAAAAGCACUUAUGAAGGUUUAUAUAGCGGCCAUUGAGGGACACGUCCCAGUGGAAAUUGUAUGCACAUUCUGUGUGUUUCUUGAAUUUUGUUACAUUGUACGAAAGAAUACUAUACCCGAGCGCAUGCUGGAGAAACUGCAAGAUGCUAUUUCCCGUUUCCAUCAUUAUCGCAAGAUUUUCCUGGAAAGUGACACUGUAUCCACGUUCUCUCUACCGCGACAACACUCUAUCUCUCAUUAUUUGCAGCUCAUCCAACUCUUUGGCACUCCAAAUGGACUCUGCUCGUCCAUUACAGAGAGCAAACACAUCAAGGCUGUUAAAGAUCCAUGGAGGCGAUCAAGCAAAUAUAAUGUGCUUGGUCAAAUGCUUGUCAUGAAUCAACGGCUCGAUAAACUCGCUGCUGCACGAGUCGACUUCACCAGCCAUGGGAUGUUGGAUGGAACUUGCCUUUCAGCAGCCCUUGAUGCCCUUUCACAACAAGACAAACCAAGGCAUCAUGCACUUGCUACUACUAAUGAUGCAAUCCGCAACGCUCACGACAAAGACUUUGACAUGUCUGUUCCUGAAGAUGACAUCGAUGGGACAAAAUGUGCACGCACCGUGCUCGCUCUCACUGAAGAGUUGAAUAUCCCUCGUCUACCUGAGAUGGUCCACCACUUUCUCUUCCAGCAGACACAUCCAGAUGAUCCACGAGAUGUGUCGGAAAUUCCUAUUGCAGGAUGCCCUCGAUAUGAGGGCAAAAUAUCAGUAUUCAACUCUGCAUGCUCACGGUUCUAUGCCCCGAGCGAUAUAAGUGGAAUCGGUGGGAUGCGGAUUGAGCACAUUCGUGCUUGUCCCAUGUGGCGGAAUGAGGCCCCUCAUUAUGACUGUGUUUUCGUCAAUAUUGGGUCAGAAGAUGUGAGCAUUCGAGGACUCGAAGUCGUGAGGAUUCGUGUGUUCUUCUCAUUCAAUUAUGGAGGAAAGACUUACCCGUGUGCCAUCAUGCGCUGGUUUAAUAUCAUUGGAGACUUACCCGAUGAAGAUACUGGCAUGUGGAUGGUCCGUCCGGCCUGUGGCACCAACAAUGCACCUCUCUACAACAUUAUACAUGUCGAUUCAAUCUAUCGUGCGGCUCACCUCAUUCCCGUUUAUGGCAGACAUUUUCUCUGCCACAAUAUUAAUCUACACAAUUCAUAUGACAGUUUUCGAACAUUCUAUGUCAAUAAAUAUGCUGAUCAUCAUGCUUUUGAGCUCGCAUCAUAG